GCCUUCCAGUCCACACAACAACAAUCAUUACUGAAAGAGCGCUGCUUCAGCUUCAUUAUUGUACAGUUUCGUCUUCCUCCAACCUGCUCUAGCUCUCCCUAUCCCCGAUCCUACAACUGUAGCGAGAUUGUUAGUCUGAAAAUUAGAGAUCCCAUGGCGAUGGAGGAGGGUGCCAUGGCGAAGGUGAAGCUGGUAGCGGCGGUGCUGGUGCUGGAGAUGCUCAUAGCGGGCUUCCACGUCGUGUCCAGGGCGGCGCUCGACAUGGGCGUCAGCAAGAUGGCGUUCCUCGUCUACAGAAACGGCUCGGCACUGCUUGUGAUUGCUCCUGUUGCCUACUUCCUCGAGAAGAAAGAUAGGCCACCCCUGACGUUACGUUUGAUGAUUGACUUCUUCAUGUUGGCUGCAGUGGGGGUUACAUUCACACAGGGGCUUUAUAUUCUUGGUUUGUACUACUUGUCACCAACUUAUGUCUCUGUCAUCCAAAACUCUGUCCCUGCAAUCACAUUUGUGAUGGCUGCUGUUUUGAGAAUUGAACAGGUAAAUAUUAGAAGCAGACAUGGGCUGGCAAAAAUAGCAGGCACUGUGAUUACCAUAGCAGGGGCAACCAUCAUAACCCUCUACAAAGGGAUGCCAUUGACGACAACACAUUCAGAGGGUACCCACAAAUUGAAAGACAUUAAACUUAUCCUGAGUCCAAGAUUUACCUGGAUCGCAGGAUGUCUCAUCAUGUUUGUGAAUUGUCUCUGUUUGUCUGGAUGGAUGGUUCUGCAGGUCCCAGUUUUGAAGAAAUACCCAGCUAAGUUGUCAUCUUUCACUAUCACUUUGGCAUUGGGGUUUAUACAGCUUGUCGUUGUAGCACCAUUUUUUGAGAGCAACAUUGAAAGGUGGAAGAUCCACUCUGGAGGCGAGCUUCUCACCAUCUUAUAUGCUGGUAUUGUGGUACUUGGUAUUGCCUGGUAUAUUAUGAUUUGGUGCAUAAAUAAGGGAGGGCCUCACUUCGUUUCUGUCUUCCAACCGUUGCAAACUGUGAUGGUUGCUAUCAUGGCUUCUAUUUUCCUUGGUGACAAACUCUACAUUGGAGGAGUUAUAGGUGCGGUGGUCAUAGUUGCGGGUCUCUAUUGUGUAUUGUGGGCAAAAAGCAAGGAGACCAAAAGCGACAGCGACCUGCUUUCUGAAAGAAGCUUGGAACAGAAUCUCCUUCAUGAAGAAAAUUACAUUAUGAGGGAAGAUCUAUAAGAAUUUUUCUCCUACGAACUAUGGUCGUAUAGCAGGAUGUGUAGGUGUGUGUUUAUAGAGGCGAGUAUACUUGUACCUACGACUGUUUCUACGCUGUGAUUUGAAAGUAAAGUUGGAAUAUUAGUUUUGUUCCGUAAUUUUAGCACAGUGGCCAUUGGAUAAGUGGUAGUAAGGUCUUGUUUAGUUCA